AUGGCGACCAAGCAGUCAUCCCCGCUUCCAGAGGAGCAGAUGGAGGGGCUGAAAGCAGCUUUUCAAUUAUUCGACGACAAUGGCGAUGGCGAGAUCACAGUCCACGAGCUCGGCGCCGUAAUGCGCCAACUAGGCCUCAAACCCUCCGACACCGAGCUCGAGGACCUCAUGAACGAGAUCGAUACUGAUAGGAGUGGUACGAUAAGUUUUGAGGAAUUCACAACAAUAAUGGCCCACAAACUCUCGCCCGUCGACGCCGAGACCGAGCUGAGGGCAGCGUUCGACGUGUUCGACAAAGACGGCAACGGCACCAUCAGCACCGAGGAGCUAAGGCAGCUCAUGAAGAGUAUUGGGGAAGAUCUGAAUGAUACGGAGAUUGAGGAGAUGGUCAGGGAGGCGGAUCGCGAUGGGAAUGGGGAGAUUGAUUACCAGGAAUUCGCAGCUUUGAUGAAGUAA